AUGUUUAUAACAAAACAAAUCAACUCUCUCAUUUAAAAUCCUCCUUCUUGGUCCCCUCAUUUCUCUCAUUGUAGCAUUUGCAUAAUAAUAUUAAAUAAUUAACAAUUAUUUUUCUUUCAUACUUUCCUUCUUAGGUCAAUUAAAUCAUCUCACAAAAGCUGGAAAAUUUCAAAGAAAAAACCCUUUUUCUUUACAAAGAAGAUGAUGAACAACAACAAUUUUUCAGAGAAAAUGGAGAGAUGUCAACAAUAUAUUGAUGCUCUUGAACAAGAAAGAACAAAAAUUCAAGUUUUCUCUAGAGAACUUCCACUUUGUCUUGAACUUGUUACUCAAGCUAUUGAAUCUCACAAGCAACAAUUAUCUGGUACAACAACAGAAUACAACCUUAAUGCACAAUCUACUGAAUGUUCUGAUGAUGAACAUACAUCUAGUGAUGUUCCUGUUUUGGAAGAAUUUAUUCCAUUAAAAAGCACAUUUUCUCAUGAAGAUGAAGAUGAAGAUGAUGAAGAAAAUCAAUCUCAUAAAUCAAAAUCUUUUAUUAUUAAUAAUAAUAAUAAUACUAGUAAUUCUACUAGUUCUAAGGAUACAAAAAAUAAAAAAUCUGAUUGGCUUAGAUCUGUUCAGCUUUGGAAUCAAACUUCAGAUCCCACCCCAAAAGAGGAAUUAAUACCUAAAAAGGUGUCGGUUGUAGAAGUGAAGAAAAAUGGAAGUGGAGGAGCAUUUCAUCCUUUCAAGAAAGAGAAAAAAGCCGUCGCCGUCGUAGAAACAACGCCAACUAGUGGCGUUGUUUUGACGGCGACAGAUAGUUCCACCGUCGAGAAUGGCGGUGGAAGUAAAAAAGAAGAUAAAGAUGGUCAAAGAAAACAAAGAAGGUGUUGGUCUCCAGAGUUACAUAGAAGAUUCUUACAUGCCUUACAACAACUAGGUGGCUCUCAUGUGGCUACACCAAAACAAAUUAGGGAGUUAAUGAAGGUGGAUGGACUCACUAAUGAUGAAGUUAAAAGUCAUUUGCAGAAAUAUCGAUUACACACGAGAAGACCUAGUCCUUCAUCAAUUCACAAUAACAACCAACAACCACCACAAUUCGUGGUCGUCGGAGGAAUAUGGGUCCCACCACCAGAAUAUGCCGCGAUGGCCGCUGCAGCACCAGCGGCCUCGGGCGAAGCAUCGGGAGUUGCCAACUCAAAUGGAAUUUAUGCACCUAUUGCCACUCAUCCAAAGGGUCCACUCCAUGAUCAUGCAUCGGGUGGAACCCUAAGACAACAUAACAACAAGUCGUCGCGCUCAGAGGAGCGCGACGGGAGCCACAGCCACUCUGACUGUGGCGGUGUGCAUUCGAAUUCUCCGGCGACGUCCUCUUCUACUCAUACAACUACUGCUUCACCAGCUUACUAAAAAAAUGU